CGAGUCUAGACGAAAAGUGGCAGAGCAUGUGAGUGGAUAGUCAGGGUAGAUGGGGGCGGUUAGACGAGUGGUUGGUUUCAGCUUGGCAGGAGAUGAUCGUCGUGGCACCGUGAGCGAGCGUGGGCUAGACAAUCAAAGGCUGCGAGAGAAGGCGGAUCACAUCGAGACAUGUUGGAGUUGUAAACAAUUCAAAGCACGCCUUGGACUGGCCAUGCUGCAGCUGCAGCCCUUGCAAUCAAGACAAUGGCGACACCGCAGUACCAAGCACAAACAAGGAUCCAAUUGACGGUCCCUCGCCGACCGCGCUUCGCCCUCGGGCGGACCAACUCUGCGCCCCUGAUCGCGACAGCGAAAGAUGCCGUCAGUGAGCAGCAAGCAUCGCACAGCCGGCCAUGCACUCCCUUGACGAUGGCCAUGUCGUCGACGGAUGCGUACGGCAGGUCGGAGGCAUCCGGCGGGCAUGAUGGGCAUGAUGAGCCAAACGGUUUGAGGAGCAACGGCUUCCUGCAGACCAACAACGCCGCUGGAUACGAAGUCAACAUUGCUGUUGUCGGGAGCGUCGGCGUAGGCAAGUCGACCUUCAUCCAGCAGUCCCUGGGCCUCGCACAACGGCCGACAGAGGCAGUCAAUGCCUGCAGCAUCUCCCUCGACAGCGGCACCUUCUUUGUGCGCAUGCUAGAGUGCCAACUCGAAGACGUCCACAUCGACAAGGAGAACCGCAUCACCUGGCCCUUGGACCCGCACAUGCCAUCCAUCGACGCUGCAUACACCCUGUACGACUGCUCGGACAAAGACACGUUCGAAGAGGUGCCCAUCGUGCUGAACGCGCUCGAGAAAGCAUCAGUGCCGUCGGUGCUUGUCUCGAACAAAUGCGACAAGGCAGAUCGCCAGCUCGACCCAAACAACAUCGAACAACGAGCAAAAGCCAUCCUCCGCUCGCUCGACACUCUGCAGUCUUCCAUAUCGCAUGUCGACUCUCACGCAAAGGGUCUAGCCAGCUUGUUGAAAGCUGUUUCGGUCCAGAGAGACCCCUCCCUAUCCCGCCGACGAACCAUCUCAUCUGCCCUCCUGUUCACCCAACCUCCAACAUCACCCUCGACCCAGCGCCACGCAAGAGCAAGCUCAAUACGGUCCAACAACAUGCGGAAAGACCUCCGCCACGAUUCCACAACCAUGACAACAAGUCCCUCGAAUGUCGCAAAGCCGCCCAUCGACAUUGAUGACACUGUCGAUGAAUCACGCGACGAUAUGACCGACUCUUCUCACUCCGAGCAUGCUUCGUCCUCCGAUGAUGGCGCUCUCGACGUUGACAGUCAGUCAGAAGCUCCCUCGGACGAGCGAGGCUACUCUUUUGACAAUCUUGUCGAUCGUCUCCUGAAACUGCCCAAGUCAAAGGCCGACACGAGAUUCGGGGCCGUCUUCCUCGCUCUGUAUCGGAAGUUUGCCGCCCCCGGCCAAUUGCUGGAGGCCAUAGUUCACCGAUUCGAGGCUCUGGAGAAUCAAGGAGGCCCAUUCAUGACCAAAACAGUCUCACAACUACGCUACCUAUCUGUCAUCGAGCAAUGGAUAGGUACGUAUCCUGGUGACUUUGCACACACCAAGACCCGCCAUCGGAUGCGUACCUUCGUCGCCAAGUUGUCAAACACCCGCAUCUUCUCGGCCGCCGCGCGCGAGAUGAGCUGUGAUCUGGAUGUCGUUGUGGAAGAUGACGAUACCAAUUGGGCAUGUUGCGAUUCGGAACGUGAGACACAUGGUCUUUUGAGCCCAGAACCAGGCUGGUCAUCCCGUACAAGCACACUCCUAGACGACCCUGAGUUUGACUUUGGCGACAACCUUGGGAGUCUCUCUCUUGAUGGCGGUCAGAACAGGAAUCAAACACACUCACUGCAUACCGACUUCGGAAUGCUCCAGACCGUUGACGCAGCAAGACGUCAGGGACCUUCAUUAGUCCCGGUGCCGAAAAUGGCCAUCAGCAAGAUGCAUUGGCACAUGUUGAUGGAAACGCCAACGGACCUCAUCGCUUGCGAGCUGACUCGGAUCGACUGGAUCAUGUUCAGUGCUGUCCGUCCGCGCGAUCUGGUUCGCCAUGUGUCUUUGUCUCAGUCUCAAAAAGCGCAAUGCAAGUCGUUGGUACAUGUCAGCCGUAUGAUCGAUCAUUUCAACCACAUUCGCGAUUGGGUAGCCAACUUCAUCUUGCUGCGAGAAAAGGCAAAGCAUCGAGUAUUGAUGUUGGAGAAGCUCAUGCAUGUCGCACGCAAAUUGCGAGAGAUGAACAACUACAAUUCGCUAGGUGCCUUCCUUGCUGGUAUCAGCAGUGCGGCUGUGCAUCGACUUGCCGCUACUCGAGAAUUGUUAACGCCUGAGACUGGCAAGGACUGGAUGAAGUUGGAGAUUUUGAUGUCUCCAACCCGUUCCUACUCGGCCUAUCGGCUGGCUUGGGAGAAUUCUAGUGCAGAGCGAAUUCCAUUCCUACCUCUACCAAUUCGAGAUCUUGUAGCUGCCGCCGAAGGCAACAAGACAUAUAUUGGUGAUGAGGCUAACGCCAGAAUUAAUUGGCGCAAAUUCGAGGUCAUGGGAGAAACGAUCGUCGGGAUUCAAAGAGCUCAAGGUUUACCUUAUAGAAACUCGAUGCUCGGUCCCAGAAAUGAUGAACUCAGAGCCCUGAUACUCAACAGCAACAUGAUCAGAGACGACGAGGCGCUUUAUGAACGCAGCUGCUCCAUCGAAAACGCCGACAGACGAGGAUUGCGGGAACUCUUCAGACGCGCGUGAAUAACCCGGCGUCUUCCCAACUCACUUUACUAGCAUUGUUACUCGGCGUUUUCACACAAUUGGCAUGCAUAUGAACUAAUGAUUUUGACCUCGACCUUUCAUGUCGAGCAGUUGUAAAGAGCUAAAAGCGAUUCCAGGAAUGACCAUGGAAUCUCCCUGCGGAUUUGUGGCGUGUCUUAGCAGCAUGCUGCUUGAUCAGAGAAACUGUGGUGCUUACAUUUCUAUACUAUUACAUAUAUCCAGUAUCUAGACUUUGUGCCUGCCUCACGGCAGUCUGUACAUUUUCAUCUCAUGUUUGCUAUCUCACGAAGCGAUCGCGCGUUUGCGUGGCGACGCUCUGAAUUUUGGUCACUUGCCGCCGAGCACAAGUCUAAAAAUGCUUCGAUGUGUAGUGUGUUUCAUGGACUGGCC